UUGGUAUGUCCAGCGAAAUCGGCCAACGAAGUAGAAAGAGAGCCAACGAAAGAGGAAGCUGCUUUGUUCUGUUUUCCUGAUAUGGGUGGGGGUUGACGCGGGCUUAAACCCCCUUUUGUCGGACAUCUUCUGUCUGCCAUUUCUCUGGCAGCUCAGUCCCUGACUGCGAAUGCCCCUCAAGUGCGGGGGCAAACAUUUCCGAGUGGCAAUCACACAAGCCGCGACCUCGGGCGGCACAUCGAACCCGAAUCAAUCGCGAUAAGGAUAACCACUUCCACUUGAGCCAGAACGAUGGCGAGGUGGGCCUAUAAAUGCCUCCGUCAGACGCUGCAGCCGCAUCAUUGCCACCGCCACCGCCACAAUGCCACCGCAAGGCACGAGUACGACUCCCUUCUGGCUGCUCGCCUCCUUCCUGGGGCUCCUGUUGCUCCUGCAGCUUCCCCACCAGACGCCUGCACAGUGCAUCGACAACCACGAGCCGGGAUGCCAACACCCGGCAGAGAUUGGAAUGGCACAGCGGCACUGCAUCGAUCCCACCAAGUUCUGGCAAUGCUACGCCCUGGGCAACCCGGCGAAGCUCAAAUAUUGCCGCCCCAACAUGGCCUUCGAUCAGGAUCGCAACGCCUGUGUCCCCUGGAUCGCGUGGGUGUGGCAGCCCUGCUUGGAGCCUGUCAGUCGUCCGCCCGGAUGGGAAGUAUGCCAAUGGACAAAAUAAGAAAUGAUACACUAAACGAAUAAUCUGUGCAUGCUGGACCAAAUGAAUAUCAUUCUUAAGAUUUGUUGUGUAUUUUUGCAUCUCCUUAAAUUAAUUAA